AUGGUGUUCUCCGGUCUUUUGGUGUCCUUUGUGGCGAUCGAUCAACCCCCUGAUCCAACGACGGAGGAUGCGAUUGUUGCGGCCAACAACAAAUUUUCGCUCGAAUACUUUAAGGCCUGUUACGAUGAGAAGUGCAACAGUGUCGUCUCGCCGUACCACGUGCGGCUGUCGCUCUCCAUGUUCUAUCCGCUGGCCGGUGCUGCCGUGCAGGAAGAUUUUCAGGUCGCGUUUGGAUUGCCCCAAGAGAUACAGGCGGUCGUUGAGCAGCAGGCACGGUUAGCCACACAGCUGCACGACGGACAACACCUGAAAGCACUCUCGUUCGUGCUGGUCGAGGAGACACUUCCGCUCGGCGAUGAGUUCAAGCGCUUGUUUAUGGAAACCUUCCAGACAACGGUCGAGCCGGUCGAUCUUACGGACGACAUUCCGUCUGCGCUGGCCGUCAACUCGUUCUAUCAGCGUGCUCAAACCGAAAUAGAGGAUUUUAUCGGUGAGGGUGAUGUCUUUUCGCUGCCGCCAUGCUUCAAGCUGAUGCUGUUCAGUGGCGUAUCCGUCUUGACACCGCUUGCCCUUCGUUUCAAUGCCACGGACACCGUAAUGGAGGUUUUUCAGUUUGUGAAUGCUCCUACACAGCGUGUGCCAAUGAUGCACGCGAAAGCUUUCGUACGCCGCUGUCAGCACAACGAGCUCAUGUGCACGGUCGUGGAAGUUCCGUUCAAUGCGGCCAGCGGACUCUCGAUGCUCGUACUCCUCCCAUACGAAGGUACGGAACUGCUCAAGACUGUGACUGGUAUCACACAGGUGCAUCUAACACAAAUCGACGAACGUCUGCAGCACACCUGGACGGAUUUGAAGCUGCCAAAGUUUUUCGUAAGGGAGAAAACUGACCCCAAGACGGUCCUGGGCAAGCUGGGCUAUGGGGGAGUGUUCGAAAUAGAUGAUUUGCGCGUUUUUCGCGACACAGGCCGAACGCGUCUUAACGGUUUCUUCCAGCACUGCUACAUAGCAACGAACGAAACUGGUGGCGAAUUACCCGUACUCGGAUCCGAAACGCCUACUGAGUGUAGUUUCCAUGCCAAUCGUCCCUUCGCGUUUCUGGUACGCCGUACAUUGGACGGAAAUGUGUUACAGUUAGGCAACUAUUCGAAAUACAUUGAUCCCGACGAACAGUUCUGAACCGUGGGAUGAAAAAAGCU